GGAACUGGAAACGUCACCAAAUCCAAUAUGGACACCGCCGUGCUGGAAGCUUCUUUGUACACAGUAAAAGCAAUUGCUAUUUUGGACAAUGAUGGUGAAAGAGUUGUAGCAAAGUAUUAUGACGAUACAUAUCCAACAACGAAGGAACAAAAAGAGUUUGAGAAGAAUCUUUUCAGUAAAACACAUAGAGCAAAUGCCGAAAUUAUAAUGCUAGAUGGCUUGACCUGUGUGUACAGAAGUAAUGUGGAUCUCUUCUUCUAUGUAAUGGGCUCUUCUAAUGAAAAUGAGCUGAUCCUUGUAAGUGUGUUAAAUGCAUUUUAUGAUGCAAUCAGUCAAAUGCUGAGGAAAAAUGUGGAAAAGAGGGCACUGAUGGACAAUUUAGAUGGUGUCAUGUCAAUAGUUGAUGAGAUUGUGGAUGGAGGGGUAAUAUUGGAAUCUGAUGCUUCCUCGAUCAUGCAAAGAGUCGCCAUUAAGACUGAUGAUGUACCAAUCACAGAACAAACAGUAGCACAGGUUCUCCAAACAGCAAAAGAUCAGCUGAAAUGGUCUCUCCUCAAGUGAUUAAGCUAUAAACCCCCAAAUUAAUAUUUAACAUGUAGAAAACAUAAGUCAGACAACUCUUAAAUUGCAAAUGCCCAUUGAGAGCAGAUGGACACAACGUAGACAGGAAAUCUGCUUUAAAAGAAAGACGGCAUGUCUUUGAGCCAUGUGGAGCUAUUUUUCAGUGAACUCAUGAUACUGUCAUUGUGUUCCUCUCCAUUCUUCAAUAGAAUAAUUAUAAACUUGGUUGUAGUUGAAGGAAUGAUUAAGUGAUGAUCAAAAUAAUGGCUGCCCAGGAGAUAUGUCAUACUGAACUCUGUAAUAUAUAAUUUCCUGUUUUCUAUUGCACAGCUGAAAUUACUUUUUACUCCUGAGUAAUGUUGCAUUUUGCAAAUCAGAGAAAACAAAUAAUGCCCAUCUCACACAUGAAAGAUGACUCUGUUUUCCCAACCUGUUUCCCUCUCACCGCUCAGGACAGGAAAAAAGACCUUGGGAAUGAGCUUGCUAUUUUCCUUUCUUGUUUGCAUAUGGUUUGAUUUUUCCACAUAAAUGUAGAUUUUUUUCGAAGGGCAUGAAUGUAGAAAUUUGGAAAUGGGAACAAGCUCAGAAUAAAACAUUAUUAUACAAAUGGUUUAAACUA